UCAAAUUAAGUAAAAUAACAGCAAACUCAAAAAAAAAAAAAUAAUAAUAAUAACGCAAAAACAAUAAAAAACGCUCUUUUAACUUCUGUUACGUUUUCAUUGCUGUGGUGCGCCCGAAAUUCGAAAAGGAACUCAAAAAAGAACAAAUAAACUAAAAGAACUAACAGUAGGAAUCCGAGAAGCAGCGAAGAGCGCUCAAAAGUACAUGAAAAGGCAUUAGAUUGAAGCAUAUCUAUGUGCAUUUGACAAACAAACAAGCAUACAUACAAAUAUAUGUAUGCACCCAAUUGAACAAAUACUUUUCAUACAUAUGUUAAUACAUACACACAUGAAUAAGCAUACAUGAAAACAUAGAAAGAUAAUGCGAAAUAGGUUUUCGGCGAUAUAGUGGAGAUUUGUAAAAUUACAAAAAUAACAAGAACAACAACAACGGCAAAACACCAGCAUAAAUCGACUGAACUCUUCUAAAGUACUAAAUGUAUGUAAAAUCAUAAAAAAAAACUACUUGAAAAUAAAAUUUUAAACAACACAAUAAUUAAAUAUAUAAUUAACGCAUACUCGUGGCCCUUGCAAGCAAAAAAAACAAAAAAAAUUCAUAGUGUUAAAAAUCCAAUUGGGAGUCGGUUAGCGCAGCAUAGACUGAAUACAACCCUAAAAGCAUUCAUAAAUAAAAAAAAAAAAAAAAUUUAAGAGAAAAUAACAUAAAAGAGAAACGCAAGCGAUUGUGUACAACACAAAUUGAUGAAAACAAGAAAAAACGAAUACAUAGAAGAUUUGGGGAGCGAAAAGCAAAGCAAAAAUCCCAGCACCUUUAUAUAUUAUACAUAUGCAAAGCAAGUAUAUUCGUAUUCGUUAGAAGUUAUAAACAGCACGGAGAAGAGGAAGCAGAAUAAGACGGCCUAACGCAGCGCACAGGCAAUAGUCAGAACGUUGUAUAAGGGAAACGGAAAAGACCCCAUACAUACGUUGGUUUCGGCCUUUGCUUCGCUUACGAAAACACUGACAGCAGUGACGACGACACAGAUCCAACAACAACAACUGCACACGCAUACACCUAUAUAAACGCAAACUUGUAUGCCUGUGCCAAGAAACUGUGCGAAGUUAAUUGUUGGAGUGGUGGACGUGUGUUCGAUUGAUCGCGUAAGUUUACUCGCCGCUUUAAGUGGAAUUUUAUGAUGGAACUCCUAUCGGGAAGCUCCCCCAGCGUACAACAACAAAUGGCAGCCAGUAAUAACCCACCGAACGGUAGCAAUGGCCAAAUGCCAAAUGGCCAUGCAGAGCGUUUGCUAGCCGACUUUUUCGAUGCCUUUCCAUCAUGGGAUAUGACCGCCGCUCGUGCUGCCGCUCCGCAAUCGAUGCAGCAUUUAAGUAAUGAAUUCUCGCCUCCAAUCACUGACUACACUUUUAAUAACUACUUUGGUGGUGUCGAACAGCCAUCAAGUGAUUUGGGUAACAUUGGAAUGCCCAGACCGCCUAUAACUCGUCCCAGAAAAUUCCCAUCUGAGUCGUCUAGCAAUUCGAGCAUGAAUUGCGGUUGGUGCGAAGUAAGUGCUUCCAUACGUUGUAUUGAUUGUAAUGAGUUUAUGUGCAAUAAUUGUCUGCAGGAACAUCGCAAGAGUCCUGUAUUCGCGAAUCAUGCAAUCGUGGCAUUACCCACACCGAUCGGCACAGCCUCCUCACCCACCAGUGGAGUCUCUAGUGCCACAUUAACCGCUGGACCACCAGUAGCGCCGCCGGUAGCACCACCACCAUCGCCCAGCUACAUUUGCGAUCAACAUAAUGAGAUGUUGCGUUACGUUUGCGAUUCGUGCAAAAAGUUAGUAUGUCAAUGUUGUACGCUGCACGAACACAAGGAACACAAUUACGCUUCCAUAGCGAGUUUCGUCGAUGAAGCUAACGACAAGAUACAAUCGGCCAUUGAAAGUAGCCGUACGGGCACCAAGUGCAUUAAGAGUAGUAUUGAUAAGGCAUUGACAUUUAUACGGAUGAUUGAGCGCAAUUGCAUCGAACUGAGUGACACUAUACGUAAAGCCUUUCGACAAUUCAUAAUUGCCAUCGAGGAUCGCGAACGUUUCCUCUUGGAUUUUGUUGAUAAAUUGCGUCAACGUCGCUUGGCCACGCUGCACGAUCAAAUGGCCGGCUUGAAAUCGGCACUUUCCGGACUUGCUGAAACUUCCGAUAUGUUGCAAAAAAUUAUCGAGAAUAGCGGACGCAUGGAUCAUAUUGAGAUUGCGAUGAAGAUCGCAAACGGCGAGCGGCAACUUGAACAAUUCGCCGCCAUAUAUAAAGAUCUUCAGCCAAAACAGGAGAUGUUCGGUUUCAUUGCGCCGGACUAUAAUAUAUUGCAAGAUAUACGCAAUCAAGGUGGAGUUGUGUUGGUGGACGAACAAAAUAUGCCAAUAGUGAACGGUGGUGGCGUACUCGCCGCUGUAGGUGCCGAAAUGGGUGCCGUUAUGCCGAUAACUAAUAAUCCUAAUAUGCCAGUGGCCAACGUUGCGAUGCCACCGAAUAUGCGUCGCCCGUUCAUUCGUGAGAAUAGUUUCCAUAGCAUUCCAUCACCAUUGCUACCACCAGUACGUGGUGGCAGUGCAUGUGGUUUUCAGAGUACUGGUCUCGAAUGGGAGCUCAGCGUUUUGCGUACUUCGCCAAAUCUGCAUUUUGGUGCACCUCGCAGCACACAGGCCAUACCCGGUUCGCUUGAGCAUGUAAAGGCACGUAAUUCAAAUACACUCUCGCUAUCGUUUGCCACAGAGGGUCAUGACGAUGGGCAGGUUAGUCGCCCGUGGGGCCUGUGCGUUGAUAAGAUGGGUCAUGUUUUGAUCUCAGAUAGACGUAAUAAUCGCGUACAAGUUUUCAAUCCGGAUGGCAAUUUGAAGUUCAAAUUCGGUCGCAAAGGUGUUGGCAAUGGCGAAUUUGAUUUGCCGGCUGGCAUUUGUGUCGACAUAGAUAAUCGUAUUAUUGUUGUCGACAAGGAUAAUCAUCGUGUACAGAUUUUUAAUGCGGCUGGCAUGUAUUUGUUGAAAUUCGGUAGCUAUGGCAAAGAGUAUGGACAGUUCCAAUAUCCAUGGGAUGUGGCAGUAAAUUCKCGUCGUCAAAUUGUUGUCACCGAUUCGCGUAAUCAUCGUAUACAACAAUUCGACUCGGAGGGCCGUUUCAUACGACAAAUCGUAUUCGAUAAUCACGGUCAGAAUAAAGGUAUUGCUUCACCGCGUGGUGUAUGUUAUACGCCAACUGGAAAUAUUAUAGUAUCGGACUUUGACAAUCACUGUCUCUACCUGAUCGACCCAGAUAUUAAUGAGAUUAUAUCUGCUAAAGGCCAUGAGGGUACUGGCAUUCAAGAAUUUAAUCGCCCUUCUGGUAUUUGCUGUGAUGACGACGGACGCAUUAUCGUUGCAGAUUCAAAGAAUCAACGUAUAAUCGUUUAUAGUCCUAGCUUAGAGUAUCUCUGGAGUAUUGAGAUACGUCCAUCGGUUAACCCAUUGAUGCCACAAACUCUCGACGAGAAGGAUCGCACGUGUGAUGUUGCACUAAUGCCCGAUGGUCGCAUUGUUUUCCUAAUCGAAUUAUCGCCGGAUUCCAAAGAAGGCACAAAUCCUUAUAAAAGAUUUGUACACGUUUUUUAAUUAUAGUUGAAAAUCGAACAUUUUAUUUCUACAAUUGUAUGCAAUGCAUAUCGAUUAACAAUUGUCUGUAAGUUCAUAUAAAAUUUGAAUUAUUUAUUUUGUUUUAUACACUCUGUUUUUUGUUUUGUUUUUUAAUACUAUAAUUAACUGUAAUCAAGUGCAUAUGUUUGUGUGGUACUUUGGUUAUACCUUUUUAAAGAAGACUGACUGCCAAAGCGACUAAGACAUGAAAUUAUAAGCACGCCACUAAUACCAAUCUCGACAGUGUUUUAUGUGAAAAUUCACUUGAUUGUGUUCAUUAGAAUUUAAAAGUAACAAAAAUUAGAAAAAAUAUUUAGUCUGUAAGUGCGCGUAAAAUAUAUUAUAUAUUGAAAAUUUAUAAAUAAUAUUAAAAGAGUAUAAAUUAUAUACACAAGAAUUAACAAAUUGUAUUCAUAUAAACAUACAUAUAACAUAUAUGGUAUAUGAUACAUAUAUACAUAUAAAAAUUACUAAAGUUUAGCAAAUUUGCAUGUUGAUAAAUAAGACAUAUGUAUGGAUGUAAAUUUAUACGCGUAUGUUUGACAAAAAACGCAUUUCUAUAUUAUAUACGAGUAUAAUUACAUAUACAUACAUACAUACUUACAAUAUGGUUAAUGAGAUUUCAAACUUGUGCCAGCAUACAUAUAACCAUAUGUACAUCUAUGAAAAGUUCACUAUGCAAAGUACGCAAAAAUAUUUACGAAUAUUUAAAAACUUAAAAAAAAAACACAUCAUAGAAACUUCUUGAGUAACAAGCCAAAACUUAUUGUUCCUCGAUCGAUCCAAAAAAAUGAAAAAAUUUAAACAAUUAAAAAAAAUUGAUGUAAAGCAAAGCGAAAAUUUUGAAAUUAUUACUAUAGUAUUAAUGAUAAAAAGAAAAUCUUUAGCGAAAAUAUAGUUGUAAUGCAUAUUAUAUUAUAACAUCUAACAGAUACAUACAUACAUACAAGCAAAUAGUUGUAAGUUAGCGAAUUUCAAGCAUAAAUUAACGAUUAACUGUACCUAUUGGUUAGUAGGCCAAUGAAAAUGAGAACGCGAGCGUAAUGGGAACGAAAGAAAGCAAAAAAAAAAAAACAAUUAAAAACAGUAACAUUUACAUAAUUUGUAAUUGGCUGCGGCUGCUGUUCACACCACCAAAAGUCCUUCCAAAAGAGUAAAAACGAAACAAAACCAGCAUUAAAUGCAGUUAAAUUCCAUUUACUCACACCUCGAAUGCAAAUUCAUCACUUGCCAGACGGGUGUGCGCCGUGCGAAAAUUGUUUUACAAAUAAUUCACACUCUAAAAGCAAACAAAAUGAAAAAAAAGAAAGAAAAGAACACCGUACGACUUUAUAUUUGCAAAGCGUAUAUGUAUUUAUUAUUUUUAUAUGUAAGCGUGUAUAUGUAUAAAGUUUUUCUUUGUCAUUUUCUAAGCAGUUGCGCGACUUUGAACAUCUCUCCCCAUGCAAACAAAGAGGCAACAAAGGAAAAACUAAUAUGUACAUAUGUACAUAAGUAUGUAAUUGUGGUAAGCAUUAAGAAUGUGAUCGAAAGUUCAGCAUGUUCUUUGAAAGACUUUAAAUUAGAUGCUAAAACAACAAUUACAAAUUAAAUUAUAUAAUAAAUUAAAAAUAUAUGUAUGUAAA